ACUAUUGAAUUUUGUUAUUUUUCUUAGCAUCCUGGAAAUAAAUUUUUAGUAGAAAGUAGACAAACACCAAACCACCGGAAUCUGCUAAGCCGUGACCGGAAUAUAACGCCCGGCUGAUUUUGCUCGAAUCGAAUCAAUACCAACUACAAUACAUGUGGAGGAGAUCUGCCUCUUUCAUUCUUGAUAAUCGAUUACUUCAGGGCGACACCGUUACCAAACCCGAAAGUCGUCUUCUCUCUCCACCCUCUUCCAUGGCCGAAACCCUUCCAAAUCCUAACCCUGACCCUACCCUUACCAUAUCCCCUUACUACCAAACAAGAGCUGCCCAUCAUGGAGUCGUCACCAGCGAUUGGCUAGCUCAGGCCCAAGCCGCUGCCGGCGGUGACACCGAUACCCGGUCGUCUGAGCAGGAGAGUUCACUUAAGUCCGCCGCGUCUGAACAUUCGUUCCCCGUCAUUGAUGAGUUUAAUAAUUGGAGGAAACAGCCCGAUUUAGCAGAAGCUGUGGCGGCUAUUAAGGCUUUGGCUUCUGUUAUUAGGUCUAGUGAAGCAACCACCAUGAUGGAGCUUCAAAACGAACUCAAAACGGCUUCCGAUUCUCUCAAGUCAUGGGAUAUGACUUCGAUCUCAUUGACGGCUGGAUGUGAUCUUUUUAUGCGCUAUGUAACUCGAACUUCCGCAGUGGAAUACGAAGACUUCGAUUCAGCCAAAUCACGCUUCCUUGAACGCGCAGAAAAGUUUGGGGAGAUUUCUUUCAAGGCUCGUAAAAUCAUUGCAAUGCUAAGUCAAGAUUUCAUCUUCGAUGGUUGUACUAUUCUCGUCCAUGGCUUCUCCAGAGUUGUCUUGGAAAUCUUGAAAACUGCAGCUGAAAACAAGAAACACUUUCGAGUUCUUUGCACAGAGGGAAGGCCAGAUAGAACAGGGUUAAGAUUCUCCAACGAGCUUGCAAAACUUGAUGUUCCUGUUAAGCUCUUAAUCGAUUCAGCAGUAGCAUACAGUAUGGAUGAAAUUGACAUGGUGUUUGUUGGGGCCGAUGGAGUGGUUGAAAGUGGUGGCAUAAUUAACAUGAUGGGAACAUAUCAAAUUGCUUUGGUGGCUAAAACCAUGGAUAAACCUGUUUAUGUUGCUGCUGAAAGCUACAAGUUUGCUCGACUGUAUCCAUUGAAUCAGAAAGACAUGGUGCCUGCUUUAAAGCCAAUUGAUUUUGGGGUUCCUAUUCCAUCAAAAGUUGAGGUUGAAACAUCUGCUAGGGAUUACACUCCACCUCAAUAUCUUACUUUGCUAUUCACAGAUUUGGGUGUUUUGACACCAUCUGUUGUUAGUGAUGAGCUCAUUCAGCUAUACUUGUGAUCAUAUUUCAGUGUUAUUGAUCUUUUAAUGUUUCAUUGGGUAGACGCUUGUUGCUUAUAGUUACGGGUAGAAAGAGUAGCUCAAAGUCCUUUUUUUUUUUUUUUCUAUGUAAGCAUAU